AUGUUGGCCAAAAAGGUGCCCAUCUUCAACAAGAAGGACGAGAUCCUGAGCAAGCUGUGCGACUACUCGGUACCGACGGUGCGCGCCUGCUGGCUCAUCAAGAUGUCCUCAGCGUAUUACGUGGCCAUCUCCGAGACCAAGAACAAGUCGAAGCGCCAGCUGCCCGACCAGACGCAGGAGUGGACGCUGACGCUGGAGCGCUUCCUGAAGGAGCAGCUGACGCGGCUGGAGGAGCACUACUCGUGGACGCCGCAGGUGGGCGUCUUCCCGGCGAUGAGCGGCAGCUCGACUGAGGAGCAGAAGGUGGCUGCCCGCCACUGGCAGUACGGCACGCAGCUGGCUGGCGUCAUGUACGAGCAGGGCCUGCUCGACCGUGAGCCUUUCCUUGAGUGGGUGCUGGACGUGUUCCGCGCGCGCGCGCACGACGACGGCCUGCUGAAGCUGGUGGUACCGCUGUUGCUGCAGUAUGUCGGCGAGUUCACGCGCUCCGAGCUGCUGGCACGUAAGCUCGCCUACUACGCUUGCAAGAAGCUGAAUCAGAUGGUGGCCGAGAUGGACGCGUCGGGUGGGCGAGGCCAGAGCCCGGUGUUCGGCCAGGGCGGCCAAGAGGCGGGCGCCCCGCCGCCGCCCGCCCAGCCCGUGCACAGCAACCCGCUGGUGGCUGCCUUCAUCAGGCUUGUCAACUGCAACUUCUACGAGAGCAUCGUGUACGGCUUGGGCUCGGUCCUGCAGAUGAUCUUGUAUAAGAACCCGACUGCGCUGGUGUGGAACAACCUGGGAGACGGCAAGUCGUCGCCGCUGAGCAGCUCGCCACUGGGCGGCUCGCCGCUGGACCUCAACGGCGAGUGGCGGACGCGCCUGCGCCGCGUAGAGGACGACGUGCUGGAGCGGAGUCGCGCCUCGGACCUGCGCUGGUCCGUGCAGACGUCCACAGAGCUGACCGUGGGCCGCGUGCUGGCUGCGCUCGACGCGCUCGACCAGCACAAGUGGCACCGCACCGACGACACCAACAACUUCGACACGCUGUACGCGCGCGUGUUCCCGCCGGCGGGCCGCGAUGGCGCCGACGGCCGGCCGUCGGACGACGCGCUGGUGCAACUGCUCUGCGAAUGGGCCGUCUCGCCGCAGCGGCUGGAGCCUGCUGUUCCGCUUCCUGGACACGAGCGCGCCGGUGCUGGACGACGCCAUGGGCUGGGCGGUCGCAGUCGGCAGUCCUUUGCCAGCCUGGUGCUGCUGUUCCUCGAGCUGACGCGGCACGACGUGUUCUCGCACGACCAGUACCUGCGCGCGCUGAUCUCACGCGGCGAGCUGCGCACCAACCCGGCCAGUCCGGCCCAGUCGGCCGCCGCCUUCACGCGCUCCGAGCACCACGACGCCGACGACGACAAGCUCGACAUCGACGACGACCUCGACAAGCUGGUGCAGCACAUCAAGUCGACCAACGCUGACAUGGACAAUCCGGACAGCCCGAAGGAGGGCUUCUCGCUGGGCACCGGGCACACCGAGAAGCUGGAGGCCCGCCGCCAAAACCGCCACCUCAUCUACACGACCCACUUCCCUCUGCCGCAAGACGAUGCCUACACCGACGACGACAAGCAGCGGCACAUCCUGCUCUUCGGCGUGAAGAAGGCUCGCGAUGAGGCGCGCCACGCCGUCAAGAAGAUGAACAAGGAGAUCAUGAAGCUGUUCGGCAAGAAGCUUUCGAUCGACGUGUCGGAGGGCGGCAAAGUAAAACGCCAGAGCCGCGGCGAGUUUCCGUUCGAGCCGGUGGUGCAGCGCUUCCAGGCGCUAUCCUUCUACGAUCAGCACCAGGUGACGCACCAGUGCGCGCUCCAGGUGGUCGAGAUGCUGAGCGCCUUCGCGGCCGGCAACUCCAGCUACCUGCCGGUGGUCGAGCACGUCUCCUUCCUCUUCGACCUGAUGGAGCUGGCGGUGAACAUCCGCGAGCUGCUGGACUGCUGCCAGCAGAUGCUGCGCGAGCUGCCGGACGUGGAGGGCCAGCUGCACAGCAAGAACUCGGCGCGCGCCGGCACGUACGCCACCUCGCUGGCGCUGCACAUCGUGGGCGCCUGCCGCCGCUACCACAGGACCCUCAUUUUGUCGCAGGACCACACGGCGGCCAUCUUCGAGGGUCUCUGCAAGGUUGUGAAACACGUGCGCAACCACACGGACUGCUCCUCGGCCGAGCGCUGCGUGCUCGCCCACCUGGUCAAUCUGUACAGCAGCUGUAGCUUCCUGCGCUCCAAGCACUACGAGGCACGCUUCGAAAGCUUCAGCAACGCUUACCUGAAGCUGAAGCAGCUGUUCAACACAUCGCUGAAGCCGAGCGGCUCCUCCUUCAGCCGCAACGCCGCCUUCAUGGCGGAGUAUGUGUCGUGCCCGACGCGGCCCAUUGAGCCGGCCGCCGUGCGCGCGCUCAACGAAAGCGGCGCCAACCGCUACAGCUUCGUCUGCAAUGUGGUGAUCGAGGUGUGCAACACGGCCGACAGUGAGCGGCUCAGCGACCUGGCCGUACUGGCGGCCGAGGCCACCGCCCGCUGCAACGCCCCUCUCGCCGAGUGGCUCGAUGCCUUCUCGCUGAGUGCCGUGCCGUGA